AUGGCCGAUUAUGAAGGUUAUCUACUCCUGCACGGCGCUAAUCAACAGGCAGAUCCACUGUAUUUUGAGCUCGAAGGCGGUUUGCUGCAGUUCUACGACAAGAAGGAUGGACGCCGGAUGGGCCUAUUUUGGCUCACGAGACAUCGCGUAUCAGUACAGCGCCUUGAAUAUAGUCGGACGCCCAACCGUUUCUGCGUCGAGUUAUGUCCCGUGCGCUCCGUGCACGACACAGAACGAUCGAUCAAGCAGUUUCGACGCACUAGGAUUGUGCUAGGUGCAUCGACACUGGAAGUUCAGGAGCAGUGGAUUCGAGCCUUGAGCACAUGGCGCCGUCGCAAUUGGAAAGAUACUACAGUUAUCUCUGCCUUUGACGACGAAGCCAAGGCGCUGCACAUGGUAAUGAUCUUGUAUCGCCUUGAGCUUAAGUUAUUGCGUUUUACGGACCUCCCAAUGUGCAAGGUCAACCUGGAUCCUCACUCCAGCGACCUAAUUUAUGACGUCUCAAAGCACCAGACAGAUUCCGCUUCUAUGGUGUCAGAACCAGUUCAGGUGACGCGACCCUCCGACACAUUCGGCUUCCAUGGUGUCUACACGAAUUAA